AUGGAUUCGAUCACGGACUCCCUGUGGUAUCGCGAACUGCGCAAUGCUGGGCUGCCGAUCCAAGCUGCGGUGUUGAUAGCGACCGUCAUCGUCCUGACUGUGAUCCGACGCCGCUUCUUCUCCCCAAUCAGCUCCAUCCCUGGCCCGUUUCUGGCUUCCAUCACGCGGCUUUGGCAUCUCAGGCAGAUCGCCAGUGGGAAGCAGAACCUCAAGCUCAUCGAGCAGCAUGAUAAACAUGGGCACUUCGUGCGCAUGGCACCCAACGAAGUCAGCGUCAACCACCCGGAUGCUGUCAAGGCCUUGCUCCUGACCACUCUCCCCAAGGGCGACUGGUACAAGAUCGUGUGCUUCCCGGACUAUCGCUUCUCGACGCCUUUCAGCAUGUUGGACCCGAAGGACAAGAACGAAUGCUCCAAGUAUCUCUCGACCGGCUACCUGCAGCACAACGUCAGCAAAUCCGAGCCAGCGAUGGACACGAACAUAUCGAAACUUAUCGGCUGGAUGGACAGAUUUGCUCAGGAGAAGAAACCAAUGGACCUGGACAAGUUCUUCACUUAUGUCUCCUUCGACAUUACCGGUGACAUUGUUUUUUCCAAGCCCUUCGGGUUCAUCGACCACGGAAAGGACCUCAACAACUCCAUCGCCAUGAACACCGGGCUGGAGAUCUACAUCGCAUUCGUCGGCUACCUCCAAUGGCUCCACGUCGUAUUCGCAAACCCCUUCGUCACCUGGCUGGGCGUCCUGCCCAUGGGCCACCUCUUCGACACGACCAUGACCGCCCUCAAGGAGCGCCAGAAGAACCCCGACGCCCGGCCCGACCUCGUGGGCCACUGGUUCAGGGGCCUGGAGAAGGCCAAGAAGGACAGGAGCCGCCUGUUCAACCAGCGCUGCCUCGAGUCCUUCGCCACCGCAAACGUCGGCGCCGGUUCAGACACCGUCUCCGCAGGGCUGCAGAGCUUCGUGUACCACCUGCUGCGCGCGCCCGGCGGGUGGCGGCGCGCCCAGGACGAGAUCCGCGAGGCGCGGAGGGGGGGCAGGUGUGGGGGGCAGGUGGUCUCGUUCGCCGAUGCCGCGAGGCUGCCGUUCCUCCAGGCGUGCAUCAAGGAGGGCAUGCGGGUCCAUGCGCCCAUAUCAGCCGGCCUACCCCGUGUCGCCCCAAAGGGAGGCGUCACAAUCGGCGGCACCUAUUUCCCCCAGGGCGUGACCCUGACCGUCAACCCUUCGGUGAUCCACAGUUCCAAGGAGAUGUGGGGCUCGGACGCGCGCGAGUUCAACCCGGACCGGUGGCUGCGGCCGGACGCUGCCGAGAAGGAAAAGUGCUUCAUCCCGUGGGGCGCUGGAUAUGCCUCGUGCCCAGGCCAACAUGCGGCUCGACUUCAGCUGUCCAAGAUCGCUGCGACUGUCGUGAGGGAUUACAAUGUAAGGCAGGUCGAUCCGAAGCAAGAGUGGACGUGGGGCGCGUGGUUUACCUCUGUGCCACACGAUUGGCCUGUGUAUAUAGAGAAACGCGUAGACUCUUGA